AUGAGCCGCGUGUUGGCGCAGCGGAAUGCAGCUGGGGACGUCUGCAGUGAUUUUUUUCAUGAACUUCCAGAAACUUUUCCUUCUGAUCCUCCAGAGCCACUGCCCCACUUCCUCAUCGAGCCCGAAGAGGCUUACAUUGUGAAGAAUAAGCCUGUGAAUCUGUACUGCAAAGCGAGCCCAGCCACGCAGAUCUAUUUUAAGUGCAACAGUGAAUGGGUUCAUCAGAAGGACCAUGUGGUGGACGAGAGAGUAGAUGAAACCUCUGGUCUGAUUGUCCGAGAGGUAAGCAUUGAGAUUUCCCGCCAGCAAGUCGAGGAGCUCUUCGGGCCCGAAGAUUACUGGUGCCAGUGCGUUGCCUGGAGCUCUGCAGGCACCACCAAGAGCCGGAAAGCCUACGUCCGCAUUGCAUAUCUCCGGAAAACUUUCGAGCAGGAGCCCUUGGGGAAAGAAGUGUCCUUGGAGCAAGAGGUCCUGCUUCAGUGCCGUCCCCCCGAAGGCAUCCCAGUAGCUGAGGUGGAGUGGCUGAAGAAUGAAGAGGUGAUUGAUCCCGUGGAAGACCGAAAUUUUUACAUCACCAUCGAUCACAACCUGAUCAUCAAGCAAGCCCGGCUUUCUGACACAGCCAAUUACACUUGUGUCGCCAAAAACAUUGUGGCCAAAAGGAAAAGCACCACUGCGACUGUGAUUGUCUAUGUGAACGGAGGCUGGUCUACCUGGACUGAGUGGUCAGUGUGUAACAGCCGAUGCGGGAGAGGCUUUCAGAAGCGUACGAGGACCUGCACCAAUCCUGCCCCACUCAACGGUGGUGCCUUCUGCGAGGGCCAGAGCGUUCAGAAAAUAGCUUGCACCACUCUGUGUCCAGUGGACGGCAAGUGGACGUCCUGGAGCAAGUGGUCCACGUGCGGGACCGAGUGCACCCACUGGCGCCGGAGGGAGUGCACGGCCCCGGCACCCAAGAACGGGGGAAAGGACUGCGAGGGGCUGGUGCUGCAGUCCAAGAACUGCACCGACGGGCUCUGCAUGCAGGCUGCUCCUGACUCGGAUGAUGUUGCUCUCUACGUCGGGAUCGUCAUAGCCGUGAUCGUGUGCCUAGCUAUUUCCGUGGUUGUAGCCCUGUUUGUCUACCGCAAGAACCACCGUGACUUUGAGUCAGAUAUUAUCGACUCCUCGGCGCUCAAUGGGGGAUUUCAGCCUGUUAACAUCAAGGCUGCAAGGCAAGACCUCCUGGCGGUACCACCAGACCUCACUUCUGCUGCAGCCAUGUACAGGGGUCCUGUGUAUGCCUUGCAUGACGUCUCUGAUAAAAUCCCAAUGACCAAUUCACCGAUACUGGACCCACUGCCCAACCUGAAGAUCAAGGUUUACAACACCUCUGGCGCAGUCACUCCCCAGGAUGACCUCUCUGACUUCUCCUCCAAGCUGUCCCCACAGAUCACACAGUCCCUGCUGGAGAAUGAGACCCUGAACAUGAAGAACCAGAGCCUUGCUCGGCAAACAGACCCAUCGUGCACUGCGUUUGGGACCUUCAACUCUUUAGGAGGUCACCUAGUAAUUCCCAAUUCAGGAGUAAGCUUGCUGAUCCCAGCGGGGGCUGUUCCACAAGGGAGAGUCUAUGAAAUGUAUGUGACAGUUCACAGGAAGGAGAACAUGAGGCCGCCUGUAGAAGACAGCCAAACCCUGCUGACGCCGGUGGUGAGCUGCGGCCCGCCGGGAGCCCUGCUAACCCGGCCCGUCAUCCUGACCAUGCAGCACUGCGCAGAACCGAACACGGAGGACUGGCAGAUCCAGCUGAAGCACCAGGCUGCCCAGGGGCCGUGGGAGGAUGUGGUGGUGGUCGGAGAGGAAAACUUCACCACACCGUGCUAUAUCCAGCUGGACCCAGAGGCCUGCCAUAUCCUGACAGAAACCCUCAGCACAUAUGCCUUGGUGGGGCAGUCAAUCACCAAAGCAGCAGCCAAGCGUCUCAAACUGGCCAUCUUUGGACCGCUGUCCUGCUCUUCGCUGGAGUACAGCAUCCGGGUCUACUGCCUCGAUGACACGCAGGAUGCACUUAAGGAGGUCCUCCAGCUCGAGCGGCAGAUGGGCGGGCAGCUUUUGGAGGAACCCAAAGCUUUGCAUUUUAAGGGAAGCACCCACAACCUCCGCCUGUCCAUUCAUGACAUUGCCCACUCUCUCUGGAAGAGCAAACUGCUGGCUAAAUACCAGGAGAUUCCCUUUUACCACAUCUGGAGUGGAUGCCAGAGGAACCUGCACUGCACCUUCACACUGGAAAGGUUCAGCCUGAAUACCCUGGAGCUGGUGUGCAAACUCUGCGUGCGGCAGGUCGAAGGAGAAGGGCAGAUAUUCCAGCUCAACUGCUCCGUUUCAGAGGAACCUGCUGGCAUCGAUUAUCCUCCCAUGGACUCAGCAGACACCAUCACCACCAUAGCAGGGCCCAGCGCUUUCAGCAUCCCCCUCCCGAUAAGGCAGAAGCUGUGCAGCAGCCUGGACGCACCCCAGACCAGGGGCCACGACUGGCGGAUGCUGGCCCACAAGCUGAAACUGGACAGGUACCUAAAUUAUUUUGCUACGAAAUCGAGUCCCACCGGGGUGAUCCUGGAUCUCUGGGAAGCCCAGAAUUUCCCUGACGGCAACCUGAGCAUGCUGGCAGCGGUUCUUGAAGAAAUGGGAAGACAUGAAACCGUUGUUUCUUUGGCAGCAGAAGGAAAUUACUGAUGCAGCCUUGGUGCGAACAGGAAGGACAGACGCAGGGAGCGGUAAUGCCCUGUUAUUACAAACGAGGAUUGAAAUGAAAAGCCAGACCAAUGAGUUACACAAGAGACGUUUCAGAGAAGAAAGCAAGCAAACAAACGAGAAAAAAAAAAAAAGCAGCCCUGACCUUCACACGUGCUCUCCUUGUACAUUAUCACAGGAUCUAAAAGAAAUCAUGCAAAGUUGUACCUUGAAAAUAUAAAUCAACCUAAUGUUCCUCUCGGCUUGGCUGUACACUGCUUGGUACAGGAUUUUACAGUUUCCUAGGAAACGCUUUUUAUUGCUAUCCAGAUAUAUGGAUAAACUUUCUUAACAAUCCCAGUUUCUAUGGAUGUUGUUUACAUCAAAUUCUGGACAGGGGUAAGGAGACUGUCCAUGGCUCUUUAUAUUUUUUGUUUAAAGCCAUUCUAGACAAGGCUAUGGACAGUUGGUUGUGGCUAUUUCAGCUUAUUGGUUUCUGAGGAAUUCAGAUUUUGGCUACAAUUCUGCACAUCGAUUGUCUCACAAUGAUCCUCCUGUCAUUGUUCCGUUUCCUAGACGAUUUGCUCUAAAAAAAAAAAAAAAAAAACCAACAACAAGAAAAUCAGAGUUUGAGACAUGUGCAUCUGGAAAGCAGGUACUCUGGGUGCUAAGCAGGAACACACAUGUAACAUCCCCUUCCUUCCCCCAGGCAGUCCCACUGAGCCCAUGUGGAAAAUAGCUGUUAGGGCAGUGGGGAACGUAGGAUCGGAGUUAAUUUUCAAUUCACAAUGUAACAACACCCUUUCCACCCC